GCCCGGUUCGCUGAAACCUGCCGGGCCGGCCUCCGACCACUGCGCACGCGCGGCACGACGUCACGUGCGCUCCCAGGGCUCCGCGGCGCUGGCAGGAGGGGCCUUGCCACCUUCCGCCGCCGCGUCGCUUGGGGGCUCGAACGGCGGGUUCGCGGUGCUUACGCUGCCGCGGAGCAGCCGGGGGUCGCAGGGCCGAGCGAGGAGCGCGCGGCGGCGCGGCCAUGGGACUGCGCCGAGCCCGGUGACAGGAGGGAGCCGAGCGGUCCGGGCCCUGAGCGCGUCUCCUGCGGGGGGCCUCGCCCUCCUGCUCGCGGGGCCGGGGCUCCUGCUGCCGUUGCUGGCGCUGCUGCUGGCGGCGGCGGCGGCCAGGAUCAUGUCGGGCCGCCGCUGCGCCGGCGGGGGCGCGGCCUGCACGGGCGCGGCGGCCGAGGCCGUGGAGCCGGCCGCCCGCGAGCUGUUCGAGGCUUGCCGCAACGGGGACGUGGAGCGAGUCAAGAGGCUGGUGACGCCCGAGAAGGUGAACAGCCGCGACACGGCGGGCAGGAAGUCCACCCCGCUCCACUUCGCCGCAGGUUUUGGGCGAAAAGAUGUAGUUGAAUAUUUGCUUCAGAAUGGUGCAAAUGUCCAGGCACGUGAUGAUGGGGGGCUUAUUCCUCUUCAUAACGCAUGCUCUUUUGGUCAUGCUGAAGUAGUCAAUCUCCUUUUGCGACAUGGUGCAGACCCAAAUGCUCGUGAUAAUUGGAAUUAUACUCCUCUCCAUGAAGCUGCAAUUAAAGGAAAGAUUGAUGUUUGUAUUGUGCUCUUACAGCAUGGAGCUGAGCCAACCAUCCGAAAUACAGAUGGAAGGACAGCACUGGAUUUAGCAGACCCGUCUGCCAAGGCUGUGCUGACUGGUGAAUAUAAGAAAGAUGAACUCUUGGAAAGUGCCAGGAGUGGCAAUGAGGAAAAAAUGAUGGCUCUACUUACACCAUUAAAUGUCAACUGCCAUGCAAGUGAUGGCAGAAAGUCAACUCCAUUGCAUUUAGCAGCAGGAUACAACAGAGUAAAGAUUGUACAAUUGUUAUUGCAACAUGGAGCAGAUGUCCAUGCUAAAGAUAAAGGUGAUCUGGUACCCUUACACAAUGCCUGUUCUUAUGGUCAUUAUGAAGUAACUGAACUUCUGGUCAAGCAUGGUGCCUGCGUAAAUGCAAUGGACUUGUGGCAAUUCACUCCUCUUCAUGAGGCAGCUUCUAAGAACAGGGUUGAAGUGUGUUCUCUUCUCCUAAGUUAUGGUGCAGAUCCAACACUGCUGAAUUGUCACAAUAAAAGUGCCAUAGACUUGGCUCCCACACCACAGUUAAAAGAAAGAUUAGCAUAUGAAUUUAAAGGCCACUCAUUGCUGCAAGCUGCACGGGAAGCUGAUGUUACACGAAUCAAAAAACAUCUCUCUCUGGAAAUGGUGAAUUUUAAGCAUCCUCAAACACAUGAAACAGCAUUGCAUUGUGCUGCCGCAUCUCCGUAUCCCAAAAGAAAGCAAAUAUGUGAGCUGUUGCUAAGAAAAGGAGCAAACAUCAAUGAAAAGACUAAAGAAUUCUUGACUCCUCUACAUGUGGCAUCUGAGAAAGCUCAUAAUGAUGUUGUUGAAGUAGUGGUGAAACAUGAAGCAAAGGUUAAUGCUUUGGAUAACCUUGGUCAGACUUCUCUGCACAGAGCUGCACAUUGUGGUCAUCUGCAAACCUGCCGCCUGCUCCUGAGCUAUGGGUGUGAUCCUAACAUUAUAUCCCUUCAGGGCUUUACUGCCUUACAGAUGGGAAAUGAAAAUGUGCAGCAGCUUCUUCAAGAGGGUAUCCCAUUAGGUAAUUCAGAGGCAGACAGACAAUUGCUGGAAGCUGCGAAGGCUGGAGAUGUAGAAACUGUAAAAAAAUUGUGUACUGUUCAGAGUGUCAACUGCAGAGACAUUGAAGGGCGUCAGUCUACCCCACUCCAUUUUGCAGCUGGCUAUAAUAGGGUGUCUGUGGUGGAAUACCUGCUGCAGCACGGAGCGGAUGUGCACGCUAAAGAUAAAGGAGGCCUUGUACCUUUGCACAACGCAUGUUCUUAUGGACAUUAUGAAGUUGCAGAACUUCUUGUUAAGCAUGGAGCAGUAGUUAAUGUAGCUGACUUAUGGAAAUUUACACCUUUGCAUGAAGCUGCAGCAAAAGGAAAAUACGAAAUUUGCAAACUUCUGCUCCAGCAUGGUGCAGACCCUACAAAGAAAAACAGGGAUGGAAAUACCCCUUUGGAUCUUGUUAAAGAUGGAGAUACAGAUAUCCAAGAUCUACUUAGGGGAGACGCAGCUUUGUUAGAUGCUGCCAAGAAGGGUUGUUUAGCCAGAGUGAAGAAGUUGUCUUCACCUGAUAAUGUAAAUUGCCGUGAUACCCAAGGCCGACAUUCAACACCUUUACACUUAGCAGCUGGUUAUAAUAAUUUAGAAGUUGCAGAGUAUUUGUUACAACAUGGAGCUGAUGUGAAUGCCCAAGACAAAGGAGGACUUAUUCCUUUACAUAAUGCAGCAUCUUAUGGGCAUGUAGAUGUAGCAGCUUUACUCAUAAAGUAUAAUGCAUGUGUCAAUGCCACGGACAAAUGGGCUUUCACACCUUUGCAUGAAGCAGCCCAAAAGGGACGAACACAGCUUUGUGCUUUAUUAUUGGCCCAUGGAGCUGAUCCUACUCUUAAAAAUCAGGAAGGACAAACACCUUUAGAUUUAGUUUCAGCAGAUGAUGUCAGUGCUCUCCUGACAGCAGCCAUGCCCCCUUCUGCUCUGCCUUCAUGUUAUAAACCUCAAGUGCUCAAUGGUGUGAGAAGCCCAGGAGCCACUGCAGAUGCUCUGUCUUCAGGUGCAUCCAGCCCAUCAAGCCUUUCUGCAGCCAGCAGUCUUGACAACUUAUCUGGGAGUUUUUCUGAACUGUCUUCAGUAGUUAGUUCAAGUGGAACAGAGGGUGCUUCCAGUUUGGAGAAAAAGGAAGUUCCAGGAGUAGAUUUUAGCAUAACUCAGUUUGUAAGAAAUCUUGGGCUUGAGCACCUAAUGGAUAUAUUUGAGAGAGAACAGAUCACUUUGGAUGUAUUAGUUGAGAUGGGGCACAAGGAGCUGAAGGAGAUUGGAAUCAAUGCUUAUGGACAUAGACACAAACUAAUUAAAGGAGUUGAGAGACUUAUCUCUGGACAACAAGGUCUUAACCCAUAUUUAACUCUGAACACCUCUGGAAGCGGAACAAUUCUCAUAGAUCUGUCCCCUGAUGACAAAGAGUUUCAGUCUGUGGAGGAAGAGAUGCAGAGUACAGUCCGAGAGCACAGAGAUGGAGGUCAUGCAGGUGGAAUCUUCAACAGAUACAAUAUUCUUAAGAUUCAGAAAGUUUGCAACAAGAAACUAUGGGAAAGAUAUACUCACAGGAGAAAAGAAGUUUCCGAAGAAAACCACAACCAUGCAAAUGAAAGAAUGCUAUUCCACGGAUCACCCUUUGUGAAUGCAAUUAUCCAUAAAGGCUUCGAUGAAAGGCAUGCCUACAUAGGUGGCAUGUUUGGAGCUGGGAUUUAUUUUGCUGAAAACUCUUCCAAAAGUAAUCAGUAUGUAUAUGGAAUUGGAGGAGGUACUGGGUGUCCAGUUCACAAAGACAGAUCUUGUUACGUUUGCCACAGGCAGCUGCUGUUUUGCCGGGUAACCUUGGGAAAGUCUUUCCUGCAGUUCAGUGCAAUGAAAAUGGCACAUUCUCCUCCAGGACAUCACUCAGUCACUGGUCGACCCAGUGUAAAUGGCCUAGCAUUAGCUGAAUAUGUUAUUUACAGAGGAGAACAGGCUUAUCCCGAAUAUUUAAUUACGUACCAGAUUGUGAGGCCUGAAGGUAUGGUUGAUGGAUAAAUAGUUGUUUUAGAAAACUUAACUCCACUGAACCUAAAAUCAUCUAAGCAGCUGGUGGCCUCUUAAGUUUUACUCCUUUGCUGAGAAAAAUCAUCUGUCCACAAGCCUGUGGCAAAAGGAUAAAAAAUGUGAAAGAAGUUUAACAUUCUGACUUGAUAAAGCUUUAAUAAUGUACAGUGUUUUCUAAAUAUUUCCUGUUUUUCAGCACUUUAACAGAUGCCAUUCCAGGUUAAACUGGGUUUAUCUGUACUGAAUUAUAAACAGAUUUAACUUGAAUCUUUUAUACAUUAUGCAUUGAUUCUAACAGAAACUGUAAUCCCCUCGACAGAUUUCAUUUUACUAAUACAGUACUGUGUUCUUUAAAACGCAGCAUUUACACUGAAUACAGUUUCAAUUGUAAAACUGUAAAUAAGAGCUUUUGUACUAGCCCGAUAUUUAUUUACAUUGCUUUGUAAUAUAAAUCUACUGUUUUAGAACUGCAGCCGUUUACAAAUUGUUUUCGUAUGUACUGCUCAUCUGUACUUCAUCUUUCAUCAUCAUGAUUGAGUGAUCUUUACAUUUGAUUCCAGAGGCUAUGUUGAGUUGUUAGCAGAGACUUUGUCAGUUGGGAAAGAUUUAUUUAUCAGAUUUAAUUUGCUGAUGGAAGUUUUAUCUCUCGUUAGAAAUCUUUCCCAUUUAAGAACUUGUUUCAUGAAUACUCUGGGGAUUUAAUUUGUGAUACCUUUGUAUGUAUAAGACACAUUCCAAAGAGCUCUACCUCUGAUGGUCCUGAUUGCUAAAGAAGCUUCUUUACUGGCCUCAGACUCUGGGUGCCUCAUUGGAAAAUUUUCUCCUGUCAUUCUGUGAAAAUUAACACGAGUGCUUCUAUUUUUUUAGAGAGGCUAAAUCCUGCCACUGAAAAAUUAGUGUUCAUGGAAUGUAAAUAGGAAGUAAAAUUUCAGAAGUGGGAAGGGUAAUCCUGAAUAAUUUUCCAAUCUGUUCUAAUUACCUUAAACCUAAAGGAAAAAAAGUAGCAAAUGGGAGUGGGUAGUUUUUUGUCUUAAGUAUUUUUUUCCUGUUCUUUUUCCUUAGCCUUGCUGUUAUAGCCAGUCUAAUCACCAUAGGUAAACUCAACCCAGAACCAUGAAAUGUGGGUGUCCCGGUUCUCUCCUGGCCUCCUGAAUGGGCAGGUGCAGUGAGAUGGGCACUUCCUGCUCGUGGGUUCCCUCAUCAUGACGUUACACUCAAUUGGAAAUCCACUUCGUUUGUGCAUCACACAAUGACCAGGCUUGUGUUCAGUUUGGCAGCUGUGGAGGGGAAUGUUAUCCCAUAAAAUGCCAUUCCUAUAUUCUAACAUAAAACUAUCUUUUCCAUGAAAUGUGCUAAAACGUCUUGGUACAAAGACAUGAGUUACAGCUUGCAGUCUAUUUGUUGAUGCCAGCUCCAUCAGAAGUCAAGGCAGGACUUUUACCCCCUUAAGUCUUUGUAAUUAAGGAUGUUCCGUUUCACUUUCUGUACCAGUUCACCUUUGUUUUACAUUUUAUUUAGUCUCUAAAUUAACUGGCCCUUUGCAGUAAUUUGUACAUAAAGUUCUAGAAAACCAUGUUUCUUGUCUUGAGUAAGAGUUAAAGUAAAUGCCUAUCUGGAGUUGUUUCUAUGAUGUAAAUUGUGAUCAUUAUUUAAGAGGUAAAUUCCUGACCUUGAAGUGCUUUUAUACAGAUCUCUAAUAAUUGCAAAUAUGAUCGUAAAGUCAUUUCUUGGAACACAAAUGGAAUAUGCCAAAUUUUGUAAGAUUUUUCAGGUUCUGGAAGCUUCCAGUUUUAUAAUUAGAAGAUAAUGAGAUGAGUUAAUGGAAUUUAUAUUUACAUACCUUAUCUCUCAACAUUUAGCCCAUAUUACUCACCCUAUGAGUGAAUCUGGAAUUUCUUAUCAUGUAAAAUCAUCGUGGUCUAUGAAUUUACAAUAUUGCAACCUGUGUUGUUUCAUCUAAUCCAUUGCUUACUUAGCGUGUUGUUUUUCUAUGAAUGAUUAUGUUGUGGUUAAUAUGUUAGCAUGGCAAUAUUUUCAGAUAGCUUUUUGUUUGUCGGGGGCUUGGGUGGCUUGGGGAGGGUUUUGGAGUUUUUGCAUGAAAUACCUUACUUUAUAAUGAUGGAAUUGCUUUUUCUUUUGUCUUGUGAUUUUUUUUUUUGAAGUGAGAUUUAACUUUUUGUGUGAGUAGUACUAUUAUAUUCAUCUUGAGUGUCAUACUUGUACUGUAUCACAUUCCAUACUCUCAUUUAAUUCUUAAUAAACUGUUCACUUGUU